GUUUUCUUAAUAUCUCUAUAAAUUUAAUGUUAUAUUUCGCGACUGCCUCAAUUGUUUUAACCCUCCAGUUGAGCGUCCACUCACCAUCUUCUUGAACAUCUGCGAUGUUGGUGGAGUUUAGUGACUAGUGCAUGUUCGGAUAAUUGAACUAGGACUUUUAUCAUAACUCAAGAUGGGCGAACUAGAUCAGUUGCGUCAGGAAACAGAACAGCUGAAAAGUCAAAUUAGAGAGGCCCGAAGAGUUGCAGCUGACACCACUUUACAACAGGCGACAAUUAAUGUAGAGUGUAUCAGCCGCACUCAGUUGCGCAGUAGACGGACUUUACGUGGACACUUGGCGAAAAUUUAUGCUAUGCACUGGUGCUCAGAUUCCCGAAACUUAGUUUCGGCUUCUCAGGACGGAAAGCUAAUAGUAUGGGAUGGAUAUACCACCAACAAAGUUCAUGCUAUUCCUUUGAGAAGCAGUUGGGUCAUGACGUGUGCCUACUCUCCAUCAGGAAAUUAUGUAGCCUGUGGCGGUUUAGACAAUAUAUGCUCAAUCUAUAGCCUCAAAACUAGGGAAGGUAAUGUUCGGGUUAGUCGAGAACUCCCUGGUCAUACUGGUUAUUUGUCAUGUUGUCGUUUCGUAAAUGACAGUCAGAUAGUUACAACUUCAGGUGAUGGUACUUGCGCUCUUUGGGAUAUCGAAACUGGUCAGCAGAUUGCCUCGUUUACAGGGCACACUGGUGAUGUAAUGAGCUUAAGCCUAGCACCCAAUCUCCAGACGUUUGUUUCAGGUGCAUGUGAUGCUUCUGCAAAGUUGUGGGAUUUAAGAGAUGGUCAGUGUAAACAAACAUUUCCAGGACAUGAAUCUGAUAUUAAUGCUAUUAUUUAUUUUCCAAAUGGAAUGGCAUUUGCAACAGGUAGUGAUGAUGCUACUUGUCGUUUAUUUGAUAUACGUUCUGAUCAAGAAGUUGGAAUGUACAGUCAUGAUAAUAUUAUAUGUGGUAUUACAAGUGUAGCUUUUAGUAAAAGUGGUCGACUUCUACUCGGUGGAUAUGAUGAUUUUAAUUGCAAUAUAUGGGAUACAUUAAAACAAGAACGUUGUGGCGUUCUAGCCGGUCAUGACAACCGUGUUUCUUGUCUCGGUGUUUCUGAAGAUGGUAUGGCAGUAUGUACUGGAUCAUGGGAUAGUUUUCUAAGAAUAUGGAAUUAAAAUAAUACUGUUGUUGUUGUUACAAUAUUAAUACUCUCGAUAUAUAUAUACAUAUAUAUCCACACACACACACACAAUGGACUACCCACAAUUUCACUCUAUAUUAUAAGAGAAGUUCUUAUUUAUUAUUUCAUUUGCACAAACCGUGCAAAUUCCCUUUCUGUUUAUUAUUUAUGGGUUUUUUUCUUGUUUUCUUCCUGUUUAUUUUUGUUUCUGAACUUGUCUACUUACAGUUUCAUUUUCAAUAAGAAUAUAUUUCUCUCUGAAAAAAAGAAAAAGAAUAAAAAUGUACGUUAAUUCUGCUUUAUCAAAAAAAAAUAAUUAUUUCAAUUGAUCGUGUUGUGUGUGUGUUGUUCUAAGCUUUCUUACUAUUUAAUUAAUUAAUUAAUCAAUGAAUGAAUUACUUAAUUCAAAUGAACUUGACAGCAUUUCUUUGCUUCUUUACUUUAUGUUCUUGUCCAGCAGAAUUCAUUUGUCUAUUGUUGUUCAUUUGAUUGGUUGGUGGUUGGUGGUUAUAUGACUAAAUUACUAUUAUUAUUAUUUCUCUGUCUCUCCCUUAUCCAUUCAUUCUAAUGUUGUUAAAUGCGCCACGAAAAAUCAUGCUGCUUUUGUUGUGUACUAUUCACAAUAUUGUUUUUUUCUCUCUUGUUUUAUUUAUAUAUUUUGCAUAUGACGAAUGUUUUUCUCUAUCUCUCUCUAUAUGGCCCCUACCCCCCCCCUCCGUGUGUGUAAGUAAAGUAAAGUAAAGUAAGUAAGUGAGUAAGUAAGGUAAAGCUGACUUAUUAUAAUAAUAAGCCUCUUUUUUUUCUUUGGUGUGUUUUUGGUUUAUUUGCCUUUUUUUUUGGUGUGUAUAUUUUUAUGAAACUAGUCAUUUCUUAUGAAUCGUGUUUCUUCUAUAUAUACAUAUACAUAUACAUAUUACAAAUCUAUCUAUCUAUCUAUCUAUUUAUAUUAUUAUUGCGCUUUGGAUAUUAUCAUUUUGCCUUUAUUUUGUUUCACAUACAGACACAUGCAGAAAUAUAAUUGUUUCUUUUCGUUUUUUUUACAAAAUAAAACAAACUAUUUUUAAUCAGCUUAUUCUCUUAGGAAAAAGUUAAUAAUAAUCAUUGGAAUUUUCCUUUUUUCUGUUUGUUUGUUUUUUGGUUGCAUUAUUAUUAUUAUUAUUAUU